GACCGCGCGCGCAAGGUCCUCUUCCUCAUCAGCGACACGGGCGGCGGCCACCGCGCCUCCGCCGACGCCCUCGUCGAGGCCCUGGGCCGCUGCGCGCCGGACGUCGCCACGGAGGUCUGCGAUCUGCUGACCGACGUCGCGCCGUUCCCCUACAACGCCGCCGUGCCGCUCUACAAGUUCCUCGCGGCGCGGCCCUGGCUCUGGCGCCUCGUCUGGUACGGCACGGCGCUCGUCGACCGCGUCAUCUCCGACGGCGCGCCCUGGCCGGGCUGCGCGGCUCCCUUCGAGGCCAAGCUCCGCGCCGCCGCCGCGGACGUCGUGGUCAGCGUGCAUCCCAUGCUCCAGGCCGGUCCCCUGGACGCUCUGGAGGCACUGGCGGCGGAGACGGGCCGGGCGACGCCCUUCGCCACGGUCGUCACGGACCUGGGCGCGGCGCACCCGACGUGGUUCUCGCGCCGCGCGGACAAGAUCUUCGUGCCGUCUCUUCAGCUCCGCGACGCGGCCCUCGACAAGGCGGCGCCGCACCGGGUCGUGACCCACGGCCUGCCCAUCCGCCGGGCCUUCUGCGACGGCGGGCUCGCGAAGGGCGACGCGCGCGCGAAGCUCGGCCUGCCCCUCGACAAGAAGACGGUCCUCGUCAUGGGCGGCGGCGACGGCUUCGGCGCGUUGAAGGCCACGGCCCUCGCCGUGCGCGCGGCCUGCGCCGACGCCACGGUCGUCGUCGCCUGCGGCCGCAACGCGGCGCUCAAGGCCGAGCUGGAGACCGUGGAAAACAUGAUCGCGCUCGGCUUCACCAAGGCCAUCGACGAGUGGAUGGCGGCGUCGGACCUCCUCCUCACCAAGGCCGGCCCGGGCACCAUCGCCGAGGCCGCGGCCCUCGGCCUGCCCGUGCUCCUGACUGGCUACCUCCCCGGCCAGGAGUUCGGCAACGUGUCCUACGUGGAGCAGGAGGGCAUGGGCGCCUUCGAGCGCGACCCGGACGCCAGCGCCGCCACGGCCAAGGCCUGGCUCGGCGACGACGCCAAGCUCGCGGCGCUCGCGGCCGCCGCGCGCGGCGCCGCGCGGCCCGACGCGACGCUCGACAUCGCCAAGGACCUCGCCGCCAUGGCCAAG